UGUAGCUGUAUUUAAAUAGGGAAAACGUGGAGGAGUUUGGUCGCUUCUAACUGUCCAUCUGUUUGGAUCCUAAUGAAUGAACUGGGCUAAGCUAAGUGCUAGCCAAGUGGCGCCGUGCGCCAGGGCGAUUGAGUGCACGCAUUGAGACGCAAGAGGUCUGUAUCAACUCGUCUUACUUGACCGAAUAACAUGUUUUAAUAUGAAAAAACGGUGGAGUGUUCCUUUAAAUGUGAACUAUAAGCUGCCAGCUGGCUUGGUAGAACCUGUUUAUACCCUUCUAUCUGUCUGUUUUCAGGUAUGUCUGAAGUUAGUCUUGAGGCUGAAUCGGGGAGGACCUCAGCCGAGGACUCAAAGAUGGAUUGUGAGGAGGCUGACAAGGUGGAGGAGAGUUUGAGUGAGGAUGUAAAACAGGGGAGUGUAGACAACAGUCAGGGAAGUGAUGUCAGCGAUGGUGUGUUGUACGACAUUGAUAUUGACAGCGCUGAAGAAAAUGCCGAAAACGGCGACAAGGCUGUUCAGGAGGAGGAUCAGGGCACCCAGAGAGAGAGGGUGGUGACAUGCAGCGCCGGUGAUGCUGCACAGGUGUCUGACAGGGUAGAAAAUGGGGGACACGAGGCAGAUCAUCAAGUUGAAACAGCUGAAACACCAGAGGAAAGUGGAGAUGCUCACACCGAAACAAAGGAAAGCACAAUGAGUGAGGAGUCCCACAGAAGCUCAGCUGCUGAGAUCCCAGUCACCAGCAAUGGAGACCUGGAUCAGAGCCCUGAGACCGUAUUCCAGAGGGACUCUUACCCCAGUGCACCCCGGAGCCUCAACCUCUCAGAGUCCCACGUCACCUCCAGCAGCUUCGCUUCAACAGCAGAGGGCAUCAUUGAAUCAGGACCAUACAAAGGGUCAGCCAGCCUGCCCACGUCCCCCGUGGCUCCUGUAGCGCCCAGCUCGGCUGUUGCUAGCCGCCUGGCUCGUUCUUCCAGCGAUAGUCAGGCUGAGACAGGCGGGAUGAAUGCUCAGCCAAAGAGUGGAGCGGUGGUCCUGUCAGACGACCUAAAGAGCCCGGCCAUGGAGAAACUGGACCUAGUGAGGAAGUGGAGCAUCAACACAUAUAAAUGCACCAGGCAAAUCCUGUCAGAGAAGCUGGGUCGGGGCUCGAGGACCGUGGACCUGGAGCUGGAGGCUCAGAUCGAAGUCCUCCGCGACAACAAGAAGAAGUACCAGAAUGUGAUCCGGCUGGCCCAGACGCUGGCCAGCCAGCUGUCCCAGAUCAUGCAGACGCAGAGGCAGCUGGGAGACGCCUUCGCCGACCUCAGCCUCAAGUCCCCAGAACUACAUGAGGAGUUUGGUUACAACGCUGACACCCAAAAGCUUUUGUCCAAAAAUGGAGAAACACUGCUGGGCGCCAUCAACUUCUUCAUCAACAGUGUGAACACACUGGUGGACAAAACCAUUGAAGACACCCUGGUUAAUAUCAAACAGUACGAGUUUGCCAGGGUUGAGUACGACGCGUACCGCACAGACCUGGAGGAGCUGAAUCUGGGCCCACGUGAUGCCACCACCAUGCCCAAGAUCGAGCACUCCCAGCAGCAGUUCCAGAUCCACCGCGAGAAGUACGAGAGGAUGAGAAACGACGUCUCCGUCAAGCUGAAGUUCCUGGAGGAGAACAAGGUGAAGGUAUUGCAUAACCAGCUGAUCCUGUUCCACAACGCCAUCGCUGCGUACUACGCUGGCAACCAACAGCAGCUGGAACAGACACUCAAGCAGUUCCACAUCAAGUUGAAAAUGCCAGGUGGGGACAGUCCAUCAUGGCUGGAAGAGCACUAAUCACUCCUCUCGAAGCCUCGGAGGCUUUGAUUGACAGGAAAUGAAACUACAGGAACCCCCCCCCCCCCCCUCCUCCCCCUCCUCCUCCCUUCAACUUUACUGUCACUGCCUUUCAAACUGUAAAUCUUUUAACUCAAAACCUACAAUCCGUUUUACUCUUCUUGUUAAAUCAUCCUUUUCAUAUUGCAUUUAUCUGAAAUCAUAGGAAACGCACUUUUUUUAACUGUUUGACAGAUCUGUUGAACAGGAGUUGCUGCAGUAAACACAUUUGGAAACUGUAAAUGGCCUUUUUGUACUCCAGCAUAUGAAUGUUGUAUCCCAGUACAGCGGACAUGCUGGCUCUGGCCGCGGGAUCAAAAGCAACUUCCGUUUUACAAAUUAUUUACAAGAUUACGAUGAAUGCUAAUCAAUCAGGAAGACUCAUGAGACUCUGAACAUAAAAUUCUUUCAUGAUUUGAUUUAACACCUGUUGUGAUGAAACAGGGCAAAGCGGCAUUCAGAUUAAAAAUCAUGCAAACUGGUCACUUUUUGCCAGCAAACUCAUUAAAAUGUUAGUUUAGGAUGUUGGGAAAUUUACUUAUGUGCUUUCUUCCUGAGAGUUUGUUCAGUAUAAGAUUACAGCCGGCAGCUGUUAAGCUUAGCAUAAAGAGAACCUGGUCUCACAGGAAUCCGUGGAAUAGCCACGGAAUCACUCAAAUUUCCGUGAAACUGACACGGAUUUCGUUUCAAUGCAAGUUAAUGACAGUCAUAUCCCGUGGCUUGUUGUUGAUAAUACAAAAUCAUUUAAAGGUCUUCUAGUUUGUCAUAUUAAACAGAUCAUAGAUUCAGGCUUAGCAUAAAGAUGUAUUCAGUGUUUAUGCUAAACUAAGCUAAGCUAACCAGCUGCAGGCUUUAGUUUCCUGUUUAUUCUAUUUACUCUCAACAAGCAAACAAGAAUAUUUCCCAAAAAUGUCAGACUGUUCCUUUUUAAAUUGAUGUUUAAAAGUCAUAUUGACAAAUCCUGCUUGAUAUGCUGACCUGAUGCUACUUUUUAAUCAACAUUGCCCUGUUUUUUUUUUUUUUUUUAGCAUUCCCCUCUUUUGUCUGCAUUCAUGGCAUCUGACUGAAUGAUUACAAACUUGUUGAUUCUCUUAAAAUUCCAGAGAAAAUGAAGGACCAGCCUUAUGUGACUAAAUGUGCCUUGAAUUCUUGAAUUUGAUCUUCUCUUCACUCUCCGUGCUUUGCUUUCUGGUCUUGUUUUUUUUAGAAAAACAAAACAACAACACUCUCACUACCAGUUUUCCGCGACCAACUCUUGAAAGAAGAGAAUGGACCAAACAAACUUACACACACACACACACACACACAUCUCAUAGGAGCGUACAGUUAGUCCGUACAUGUUAAAACACUCCACAACACAAGAUGAUAGCUGUGGGAAAGAAAAUACUCCAGAAACAUUCAGAAAGUCUAAAUAUAUUUUAAGACUUCCUUUUUUCUCAAAGAUAUUUAUCCAUAUUGCACAUAUGCACAUUUAUGCAUUUGAGACUAAUUACAAAAAAAAUAACUAAGAAGUGUAUGAUAUGUGAGGUGAAAACCAAAAUACGAUUAACUUUUUUGUAAAUUUGAAGACCAGCAUCCUUUGUCUGAGCUGCUAACAGUUUCUUUCAUGGGGCUACAUAAAGUCUAUUUUUCAAAGAGGACAUAUUGAACGCUGGUAUUGGUAACCGGCUGUCGUGUCCUCACUUUGUUGAUUUGUAUUUUUCCUAUGGCUCACCAUAGCGGUUUGAGAGUGUGAAUCUUGUACAACAAUCUAUUGUUUCCCUGAAAUAGAUGGAUAUAUAUAUUUGUAAUUUUCUCUAUUUUACCUUGUAGUUUAUGAUCAAUGCUGCCAUUUGGCUUUGUUGUUUGUCUGUUUUCCCCCCUGAAGACCUGCAGAAUGAUGUGCUAGUACUAGUAUGUGCUAGUGGAUCUCUACCUUUGUAAUAAUGAAACAUUAACAAAUGUUGAGUUUAAAAAAAAAGGAUUCUGAAUGUUGUGUAACCUCUUUGGGAAAAUAAAAGUUUCUUUUCUUUA